UUUAGAUUUUCCCCCAAAUCUAUCGCAAUAAAUCCUCAUCCCUCACUCCCAGCAUUCAACCAUGCUUUAGCACAAUUUUCCAUUCAAUCUUCCUCUUUCCAUCUUUACGCGUUCCAAUUCAUUCCCCGUGUUAGCAGAUUCAGGUGCUGUGUUGUUUUCGUUUAGGAAUGGCGAAGAAAGGCGCAGAAGAGGCGAAAAGCGAGGUUUUGCAGGCGGUGGAGGAAGCAGGGGGAGACGUAGAUUGUGAGAAUCGGUUGGAGAUUCAAGCUCAAGCGCAGCAGCAGCAUCCCUACGCGUUUCAUGUGUCUGGACCGCGGAAUGUUCCUACCAUAAACUGGAGAGAUCUCAUCAAUUCGACUUGGAAGGAUGGGAAAUACAAAAGGACUGUGAUUGCUUGCUUCAUACAAGCAGUUUACUUGCUUGAACUGGACAGGCAGGAGAGCCGAAGCGAAGAGACCGGUCUCGCCCCUAAAUGGUGGACGCCUUUCAAGUACAAGCUGGUGGAGACGCUGAUAGACGAGAGAGAUGGAUCGAUAUUCGGGGCGAUACUAGAAUGGGACCGAGCAGCUGCGUUGGCGGAUUUCGUGCUCCUGAGGCCGAAAGGUGCGCCGAGGGCUGUUCUGGUGCUCAGGGGGACUCUGCUGAAGAGCCCCACGAUCAGGCGCGACAUAGAGGAUGAUCUCCGUUUCUUGGCCUGGGAGAGCCUCAAGGGGUCGGUGAGAUUCAGCUGCGCGUUGAAGGCGCUGAGAUCCAUCUCGGAUAAGUACGGGAGCAGCAACGUGUGUAUUGCGGGACACUCCUUGGGUGCUGGCUUUGCUCUCCAAGUCGGGAAGGCUCUGGCUAAAGAAGGGGUGUUUGUGGAGGCGCAUUUGUUCAAUCCUCCAUCGCUGUCGCUGGCUUCGAGCCUGAGGAACAUGGGGGAGAAGGCUGGGGUGAUGUGGAAGAGGGUCAGGGCGAUGCUGCCCUCGAGGAGCGCGGGUGGUGAUGGUGGUGUCGAGGAGGUGCAAUCGUCGGUCACGUUGGGAUCAAAGCAAUGGGUGCCUCAUUUGUAUGUGAACAACAGUGACUACAUCUGCUGCUACUAUAGUGAUGAUCCGGUCGGGGCGGAGGGGAGUGGUGGUGGUGGUGAUAAUGGUGAUAAGGAGAACGCGAAGCCACUGGAGACGAACACGAACAUGAACACGAACACGCCAUGUGCGGCUAAGCUCUUCGUGUUCUCGAAGGGGAAGCAGAAGUUCAUGGAGGCGCACGGGCUGGAGCAGUGGUGGUCGGAUGAUUUGGAGCUGCAGAUGGCUGUUAAUAACAGUAAGCUGAUCAGCCGGCAGCUCAAGUCGUUGUACAGUGCCCCGGCAACGACGCAGCAGUCGCCGGCCAAGAGGCCGGCGGCGGCCAUGUGAAACUGUGAUUAGGUUUGGUUUUGUUUUCAAGAAUUUGAUCAUACAAAGUUCCUCAAAGGGAGCUGAGAAAUGAGAAAAAGUUUGUGCUGAAUGAUCUGAUGAUUAUCUCACAUUUGUUUUCUGGUUAUUACUGUAAUAAAUACUAUUUGAUUCA